UAUUUAUUUUAUGGAUUCUAUUUCCACGGUAUGCAAUUUUUCAUCUUUCAUAAAUCAAUAAAUAUUGAAAACCUCAACAAAAUUUCGAUUCGAUCGAUUCAAUUCAACACAUCAUAAAUCAUUCAUAAGAUUUUGUGUUUUUGAUGACACGAGUGUGAAACCAACACACUGCACUUGCAUUCAUCGUACUUCGACACGCAUGCAUUCAAUUCAAGCUUUAAGUUUUUGGUGAGUACGGAAUAGAAGAGUUUUCAUGACGUCGGCGAAAUCGUGGAGAUGGCUGAUGAGAAAAAAGAGUAGUUUGCCUGAUGGGGUCUGUGUGUCCUCUUAACUUCUAGGUGUUUUUUUAGGGUAAAUCGAGUUUCAAGAUGAAACAGUUGCCGUUCAUGGCAGUUGUGUGUACAGUUAUGUUGUUCAUUGUAUAUAGGACUACAAAGUAUCAGUAUCAUCAAGAAGAGAUUGACAAGAAAUGGAGUUUAUGGGGAAAAACCGAGGUAUCACUGCAGAUAGAUUCUGCAACUUCCGAGAAAUUGAAAGGCUUGCCGCGAGGCAUAAUACAAGAUAAUUCAGAUUUGGAGUUAAGGCCAUUGUGGUCGAGAAGUAAUUCGAGGUCGAAGUUUAGGGAUUAUUCUAAUCGUAACUUGCUGGCAAUUCCAGUUGGUAUUAAACAAAAGCAUAAUGUCGAUGCCAUGGUUCAAAAGUUUCUUCCAGAAAAUUUUACAAUUAUUUUAUUCCAUUAUGACGGGAAUGUCGAUGGAUGGUGGAGUCUUGACUGGAGUGACAAGGCUAUACACAUCGUCGCUCAAAAUCAGACAAAGUGGUGGUUUGCUAAAAGAUUUCUGCAUCCGGAUAUCGUUUCUAUUUAUGAUUAUAUCUUUCUCUGGGAUGAGGAUUUAGGCGUGGAGAAUUUUUCUCCGUCGAGAUACGUUAAAAUUGUGAAGGAAGAAGGUUUGGAGAUAUCACAACCGGCUCUUGACCCGAAUUCAACAGAGAUACAUCAUAGAAUUACAAUUAGAGCUAGAAACAAGAAAUUUCACAGAAGAGUCUAUGAACGCCGAGGAAGCACAAAGUGUUCAGAUGCCAGUGAAGGGCCGCCAUGCACCGGGUUUGUGGAAGGUAUGGCUCCGGUUUUCUCUCGAGCUGCAUGGUAUUGUACAUGGCAUCUCAUACAGAACGACCUUGUCCACGGAUGGGGAAUGGAUAUGAAACUAGGAUAUUGUGCACAGGGUGAUCGAACCAAGAAAGUGGGAGUUGUUGAUAGUCAAUUUGUUGUUCAUAAGGGAAUACAAACUCUCGGUGGGAGUGGUCAUGGUGCAACCAAGGUUUCAAGGCUUAAAAAGACAACUCCGAAACAAAGUGGAGCAACGCUUGAUGUGCGAACUGAGAUACGAAGACAGUCAACAUGGGAGCUUGAAGUCUUCAAAGAACGCUGGAAUCAAGCUACUGAAAAGGAUAAAACUUGGGUUGAUCCAUUCAAGAGACGUAUCAGAAGACGGCGCGCCGAUCACUAAGACCAAUUUUGUUUUGGCUGUAGAUCAUCUUUGCACCAUACCUCAACAUGGAGCAUGACCAGCGUGAAUCCAUACACACAUGCUAACUCGGUUGCUCGGACAUGUUUAAGCUUCUCUCACAGCUAUUUACCUUUAUUUAUAGCCAUAGUUAUGUAUUUGUAGCUCUCUGAGUUCUUAAUUCAAUUCAUUUUUGAAAAAUAGGACUUUUUUUCUUUAUAUUCUUUUUGUUUUAAGCCUCAUUUUUCUUUCUUUCUUGGCACCUUUUCUUGCUUUACAUGUAACCUCCAAAAUGCAAAUUAUGAUAUACUAUACAACUUAGGAGUUUUAUAUAAUAGAAGAAAAAAGUAGUUUGUUAUCAUGCAAUGAUUAUUUUUCAAGACAGGGUAGGAGAAUGCUGUUAAUAUGGAUGAGGUUUUAUGUAAUGGAGUUGGUGGAUCUCAAUGUGAUAAGAUAUAAUGGUUGUUGACUUGUAGUUGUUGCCUUGGUUUUACUUGAUGGGUAUUUUCCUAAAAGCACUAUAACCUGCUGCAGUAGCAGGUCACCUUUCACAUAACUUCACUGAAUUUGUUGUUUGUCCAGAGUUCUGGUGAAAUACUUGAACAAUGUGGGAUAACAACAAAGGAUUGAUGAAUACCAUCAAGUAGCUCUCAAUGUGUUUUUCUCGUAGCGAUUUUUGUGAUUAGAUGCUCCAGUCGUGGUUACAGUCUGUGGUUACAGUCUAUGUCGUCGAGUGAAAUCCUAUAUUGUGUUCUUGGUUUCAUGCACAUGAGCUAUAUGAAAUUGUUUACAUAGUUCAAGAAAAGAGAAAGCAUGUCAUCUACGUAUUGUUUACAUUGUUCAAGAAAAGAGAAAGCAUGCCAUCUACUUGUUGAACUUCACAC